AUGGCUUGGCUUCGCCGCUUCUUGCUUCGGCUUCACUACUUCUGUUUGGGAGAAGAAAAAGACAGCAUCAAAGGAGAAGAAGAAAGUAACAGACAAAGCAAUGAAGAAAGUAUCAGAGAAGAAAAAGAAGAAAGCAGACAAAGCAAUGAAGAAAGCAUCAGAGGAGAAGAAGAAAGUAAGAGAGAGGAAAAAGAAGAAAGUAUACAAAGCAAUGAAGAAAGUGUUAGAGAAGAAAAAGAAAGCAUCAAAGAAAGCAGACAAAGCAAUAAGUUGAAGGCCAAAGAGAUUACAACAACAUUAAUGCCUUACAUUCCUCACCAACUCCUUGUUGAAAUAUUAUUAAAAUUGCCCAUGAAUUCUCUGAUACGAUUCAAGUGUGUUUCCAAAUCAUGGCUUUCUUUGAUCUCCCACUCCUACUUCACUAGAACUCACCUCAAUCAAUCAAAAUCAAUCACAAAACGAAUACUCAUAGUCAAUUUCUGUCCGAGUAGCGUCGUUUACACUGUAGACCUCGGAUCAACACACAAUGAAGUCAUUGUGGCAGAAAAUAUUGAUAAUAUUAUUUUUGACAUUAUGCCUCAUCAUCAUCAUCCCCAUAUCAUUGGUAGUUGCAAUGGAUUGGUAUGCAUAGGGUUUCUUUACGGUUCAUCAUAUGUAAUAUUCAAUCCCUAUACAAAGGAGUCCAAGCGAAUACCAUAUUGCAAUUUACUUCCUUGUUGCCCUUCCCUCGUAUGUGGAUUUGGAUAUGACCGUUUGUCUGAUGAUUACAAACUGGUGAAAUUAGGUAAACAGAGCGUCUAUAUAUAUUCACUAAGAGCUGGUUCUUGGAAAAAGGUUCAAGACUAUGUCGAAAACAGUUUUUAUGUUGAAUACAGUUGUUAUUCCACUCGCGGGAUGCUGCUGAAUGGAGCCAUUCAUUGGUUUUGUUUGGAUAUAAAUUCAAAUAGGAAAUCAAAGAUUGCUGCUUUUGAUUUGGUGGGUGAGAAACUCUCAGAAAUUCCAUUGCCUAGUUUCUUCACCAAUGUUCAUAAAAUGUGCAGAAUAGGGGUAUUUGGAGGAUGUCUUUGUGUAAAAGUACCGUAUAGUGAUGAAUUUUGGGUAAUGAAGGAAUAUAGAGUGGAGCAAUCUUGGACUAAAGUUCAUGUGGAAUUUCCACUUUCACGUUAUGCAAAGUCAUUGGCUUUCUUAAAUAAUGAUGAAACUCUUAUCACGACACUCCUCACAAAUUUAGUUUUAUACAACACAAGAGAAAGAUCAUAUAGGAAUUUUGUACUGCCUAGUCUCCCACAUGACUCCAUUUGUGAGGUAGUAGUGUAUGCGGAGAGCCUUGUAUCACCUGUCAAUUCUUUUUGCUAA